UUUAUUCGACGUAUCAUCGGUUUUUGUUUUGUUAGUUCUCUAUAAAACGUUGUGAAUGGGCUGCGCAAUAGAUAUAUGAGUAUCUGUUACGAAGACGUCGUAGCUGUUAUCUAACGUCAGCUAAUACUAGCCAGACGGCAACUAACGUUUAGUUAAUUCUCGCUGUGUUUGUCGUUUUGUCGUGGAAAUAUUAACUCUUUAGAGAUAAUUGGGGAGUAUAAAAGCAAAAUAAGUGUUAUAUAUUAAAAAAACACGGUUAUAUGUGAGAAUCUCAGGUGAGGUCACAAACCUCCCACUGCACUUAUUAGCGGAAUACUGAGAUUAGUUCAACUGUAAGUAACCAAGGAUGGUGCAGCUUGGCUGUCGGUGCAUGGGAACUCGACUGAGUGUGCUUAUACUGGUUUUCUGCAGCAUACUGCUCCCCUUGCCUACAGAUGCCUAUAUAUAUGCUCAUUAUAGCAAUAUUACCAAAACAUUUGAUGACCGCAUUGCUUUGUUUGGAUCUGCACUUCCAAAGGAUGGAAUAAUGGGAGUUUUGGUUGCCUCUCAUCCAGCUAAUGCUUGCACAACAAUAGACCCUCCCCCACCACUGCCCCCAUCUUUUAAUGCCACAACUACCAAAUUUGUUGUUCUCAUCAAACGUUAUGACUGUAACUUUGAUAUAAAGGUUUUAAAUGCACAGCAAGCUGGAUACGAUGCCGCAAUCGUUCACAACAUUUAUUCAGAAAUUCUGCUCAAUAUGAACUACAGCAAUGAAACUAUUGCAGAACAGAUUAAUAUUCCCUCUGUAUUCGCCAGCUACUAUGCCUCGCACAUUCUUAGGAAUUACAUAAUUCCGGAACAGGGGGCGUAUGUGAUUCUCAAGCCAGACUUUCCUUUUCCGCUUUCCUACUACCUUAUUCCCUUCACCGGAGUAGUGUGCCUGAUCAUUCUUGUGAUGUCUGUUGUUUUCAUUACACGAUGUGUACAAUACAGAAAAAGGCUGAGAAAAAAUCGUUUGUCCAAGGAACAGCUGAAACGCAUUCCAAUACACAAGUUCAGUAAAGGGGAUGACUAUGAUGUGUGUGCAAUAUGUCUGGAUGAGUAUGAAGAAGGGGACAAGUUGCGUGUUUUGCCUUGUUCACAUGCCUAUCACUGCAAAUGCGUAGACCCGUGGCUCACACAGACCAAGAAGACGUGUCCAGUGUGCAAACAGCGCGUUACCCGCAACAACCCUGAGCAGUCCGAGUCUGAGUCUGAGACAGAAACUGGAGGACGUGGAGAGGAAGAAGGACCAGAAGGUGACGCAGACUCGGAGCGCACUCCUCUGCUUCGACCCUCCAACCCGGGGUCACCCACAGGAAGCCCAGGGGCCUACUCAGCCACCACCACCACAACUACCGCCCAGUGCCUCACCUCCCCUGCACACUGCAACUCACCCAUCCUAGGUUAUGAAGGUUGCUACUCACCGGUGGAGGACACAGACUCAGAAUGUGAUGACACAGGAGAGGGCAGGCACCACUCUGACGAUGACACAGCUCAGCUCAUUGGUAGGGACUGAGAGGAGAUCUGAUGGCCAGAAAUUAGCUACAAUGAGAUUAUUUAGUUUGACCAGAAGGACAAAAAAAGUUUCUAUCCUCAUACGUAUUGUUAUUGGGAAAAAAAAAAUUAAAUUGUUUUCAGAUUUGUGGCAAGCUUGACAGUUAGUUAGUUCACUGAUUUAGUGCUGAUUGUUAAAAAUCUGUCACCCAAUAACCAGUGGAGUUCUUUCAAGUGUCAUAACAAAUGCAGAACCUGCGGUUGGUCAGUUUUACCAAGUGCAAUGUUGAGCAUAAACCACUGAAAUCCACACAUUUACUGUAGUCCAUUAGCUUUCAAGCAUGAUGUCCGCUGUAACUGGAUCACUAGUGCAGUACAAAAUGUCCAGAUCACUUACCGAUUCCCUUUUAGGCAAGAGUGAAAUGUCCAUAGAUGACGUCUUCGUGGCCAAAGUUGUGCAAAAAUGGGAUGGGAUCUUACCUUGUGCAAGGUUCUGUUUAGGAUUAGUAUAGAGUAUGAAGGAUUUAUGUUGUCUUAAAAUUAAUCAUUCCUGUCUUUUAUUUUUUUUCUAACAAGGAUAAUGGGGUAAUAUUUGUCUUCUUUUUAUAUUGUAAUACCCCCAGUUCUGUUUUCACACAUUUUAACUUUGCAUCCAAGUUUUCUGAAAUAUGAGAAGUUAAUAUUGAAUUAAGUCACAGUAAAAUAUAGGAGAUAUGUAACGUUACUGCUGCUUUUACAUUGUUAAUACUCUGCGGUUGUGGACAGUUUAAGGAAACUAUUUUUUAGCUUUAUACAGUUUGUUGAUCAAACUCAGGUUUACACUCCAAUAAAUUGUUGGUGGCGAUAAGAAUAAGGUAAUGGGGUUGUGGUCUUGUAAAGUGUUUUAGCGUUUUUCCUCGAAUCUGUUUAAAUGUAUGUAAUUAAGUUUUUUCUUCUUUCAUUUUUUUUUUGUUUUUAUUUUUUAUACAACAAAAUAGAAAAGAAAAAAUUGUAGAACAAUAAUGUGAGAAACUGGGACACAGGUGGUGGUUUUAGGAAAAGCAGAGCAUUGCCUUCUACUGGCCUUCAUCUACAUGUCUGUGUUAAAUGUCUGGAAAUUGAACAAGAUUGAUUGACUCUCCACCCACACUGCUCUUAUCGAGCUGUCUUUAAGACUGCUCUUAUUCAUCAGUGUGAACAUCUGUCGGUGUGUUUUUCUUGGGCGAUUGUGGCUCAAGAGUUGGGAGUUCGCCUUGUAAUCGGAAGGUUGCCGGUUCGAGCCCCGGCUUGGACAGUC